UUCUUCUUCUGCUUGGCUGUGUGGGGUCAGGCUGUUGUAAACAUGGCGGCCGCAGCGGGCAGGCUUCUGUCCUUCAGUAGAAACGCAAAGGUACUGGUUUCACCUUUGCGGACCAUUGCAACACCUGUUCACCGCAGCAGUGUAGAGGUUUCAACUACCGGAGAACCUAUAACUCACACCGGUCAGGUGUUUGAUGAAAACGACGUAAGGAGAGUCCGAUUCGUUGGAAAACAGAAAGAGGUGAAUAAGAACUUUGCCAUUAAGCUUGUGGCAGAAGAACCAGUGAGACACGUUGAGACCAGAGUGGUGUCGUGUGAUGGAGGCGGCGGAGCUCUUGGACACCCCAAAGUUUAUAUAAACUUGGAUAAGGACACAAAAGUGGGCACAUGUGGCUACUGUGGACUGCGGUUCCAACAGAAUCACCAUCACUGAAAUGCUGUCUCUGCUUCAAUGUAUAAACUACAAUACUGGUUAAUAAAUUAUGUCUCACCUGUUUAA